AUGAUCUCGUGGGAAAUUCCCCUUGACCGCUACCCCAAGACAUACAACAAUCAGCCGCUGAUGUACGCCGCGCUCGCCUCCCAGAAAAACUACAUGUCACUCUACCUGAUGUGCGUCUAUGUACACGACGGAACGCAGACCGAAUUCGAGCGGCGCUUCAAGGCAAGCGGCAAGAAGCUCAACAUGGGCAAAUCCUGUGUCCGCUUCAAGACAACGGAUGACCUGCCGAUGGACCUGAUAGCCGAUACGGUAGCCUCAACGUCCGUCGAUGAUUACAUAAAAAGCUACGAGGCAGCGCGAAAGAAAAAGUAG